UUCCCCAUUCCAAACAUAAAAACCCAAACCGACGGACCAAACCCUCCAAUACCGAUCGAGGUGACGAUGACGAACUACGGCACAAUCCCCACCUCCACCUCCGGUGAUUCAUCGCCGCAGGGUUUCUUCUCCCGGGCCAAGGCACGCGGUCGAUCCGCCCUCGCAACUCGCCGGCCAUGGCGCGAGCUAUUCUAUUUCCACUAUUUCUCGCUUCCCCCAAGCCUAGGCGAGGCCUACCUCCGGAUCCGCAGCAACGCGAUCUACUUCGCUAUGAACUACAUCAUCUUCCUUCUCCUCGUCGUCUUCCUCAGCCUGCUUUGGCACCCCGUGUCACUAAUCGUCUUCAUCCUCAUGAUGGCUUUUUGGCUCUUCCUCUAUUUCCUCCGCGACGAGCCUGUUGCGCUCCUCGGUCGGACCAUCGACGACCGAUUCGUGCUCAUCGGGCUCUCGAUUGUAACCCUCGUGCUUCUGCUUCUUACGGAUGCCACUGCCAAUAUCCUAAUUUCUCUGCUCGUUGGCGUCGUUGUUGUUUUGGUGCACGCUUCGUUCAGGAAGGCUGAUGAUUUAUCCUUGGCAGAGGAGGGGGCGGGGCCUAGAGGGUGGUAUGCGGCGGUUGAAGAGCCCGGCAGCGGCAGGCCCUCGCCGGAGUCGUAGUUCAUUAAUAGGCAUGUUUAUAUAUGCGAUUCCCUUUUAAUUGCCUUUUUGUGUGAUUCUCUUUUCGUAUUGGGUCGCCUUCUCUUCCUCCUAAGAUCCAGGGUUUUCAUCACAGUGGACCCGAAUGCGAAUGGAAUUGGGGUUUCUUCUACUGGUUAUUUUGUUAUCCAAUUGAAGCUUGUUUUGUCUUCUAAUCUGCUUUGAAUAUUCUACACGGCUGUAUUCGAUUUCUGCUGCAUUGCUUGAGAUGAGUUAUAAAACAAGCAAAUUGGUGGAGAAAUCGAGGAUUGAACUCGUCGUGGUACAAUAUUAAACUGGUAAGAUAAUGGAGAGGGUGAUAUGACUUAUUA